AUGGCGCCUACCAAUCAACCGUUUACUUUGCGUUCAAUUCUUGAGAAAGAUAAGUUGAAUGGAACAAACUAUGCGGAUUGGAUCCGCAACCUGAGAAUUGUUCUCAGGGCUGAGAAAAAGGAAGAUAUUCUAGACACCCCAUUACCUGUAGAGCCUACUGAUAAUGCACCCGCUGCUGAGAAAAACGCUUACAAGAAGGCAUGUGAUGCUGAUCUUGAAGUGAGUUGCCUUAUGCUUGCUUGUAUGGAACCAGAUCUGCAGAUGCAGUUUGACAACAACCAUGCAGCGUACGAUAUGAUCGUGGCGCUCAAUGAUAUGUUCCAGACUCAAGCCAGGACUGAAAGGUUCAAUGUCUCAAAGGCUUUUGCUGAAACCAAGCUAGCAGAGGGCGCAACAGUAGGGCCACAUGUGAUCAAGAUGGUUGGUUACACUCAAAGGUUGGAGAAGCUGGGCUUCCCAAUUGGCCCAGAGUUGGCUAUUGAUUUCAUUCUCACGUCUCUUCCACCUAGCUAUGGGAACUUCAUCUUGAACUACCAUAUGCAUGGGGCGGAAAAGGGCUUGAAUGAAUUGUGUGGCAUGCUUAAAACUGCAGAGGCUGAUAUCAAGAAAGGUGCUGGCAGUAGCCAUGUGAUGGCGGUCCAAAAUAAGCCCCGAUUUAAAAAGAGGGGCAAUUCUUGGAAGAAGAAGAAGGGCAAGGCUAAAGGUGAGGCUAAAGGUGAGAACUCUAAGCCAAACCCACCUGCGCCCAAGGCUGGACCAACUGCUGACACUGAAUGCUAUCAUUGUAAGGGGAAAGGUCACUGGAAGAGGAACUACAAGCUGUACUUAGAAUCCAUGAAGGAUAGCGGCGAUAAAGGUCAUAUAAGUGAGAAUCGCAUGAAGAGGCUCCAUGCUGAUGGGCUUUUAACUUCGUUUGAUUUUGAAUCAUACGAGACAUGUGAGGCUUGUUUGCUAGGGAAGAUGACCAAGGCGCCUUUCACAGGAUAUUACUUUUACAACCAAUCAGAGGGCAAAGUGUUUGUUGCUCGGAACGGUAUUUUCUUAGAGAAAGAGUUUCUCAAAAGAGAGAAAAGUGGACAGAAGGUGUAUCUUGAAGAAGUUCAAGAUGAGCAAACAGGGAAGGACUCUACGAGUGAUGCUAAUGUAGCAAAACAAGUUGAGAUACCCAUGGCAGUAGAGGCACCGCCACAACCACGAAGUUCAGCAAGAAUCCAUGAGGCACAUGGGGAAUUGUUAUUGUUGGACGAUGAUGAACUUGCGACAUAUACGGAAGCAAUGAUGGACCCAGAUUCCGAGAAAUGGCAAAUCUAUGGAGGUGAGGAAGAGCUCGUUGUAAAUGGUUACACCGAUGCUAGCUUCCAAACUGACACGGAUGAUUCACAGUCUCAAUCAGGAUAUGUGUUCACAAUAAAUGGUGGUGCGGUUAGCUGGAAAAGUUCCAAGCAGGAGACUAUGUCCGAUUCUACAGCAGAAGCCGAGUACAUCGCAGCUUCUGAAUCUACGAAGGAAGGUGUUUGGAUGAGGAGGUUUCUCAUUGAACUUGGUGUGUUUCCAAAUGCAUGUAGCCCAUUGAAUCUGCAUUGUGAUAGCAAUGGGGCUAUAGCACAGGCCAAGGAGCCAAGGAAUCACCAAAAGAACAAACAUGUACUUCAGAAAUUUCACCUCAUUAGAGAGUUCAUUAGUAGAGGUGACAUCAAGAUGUGCAAGAUACACACGGAUUUGAAUGUUGCAGAUCUUUUGACAAAGGCUCUUCCAUAG